UAUCCUUGUUGCCCGGACAAUUGCUCAUUUCUUGCUCAGACAUCUUGGAUCCCAAGUGUUGACACGACAGACAUGCCUGGCGAAGCUACAGAGACCGUUCCAGCAAUGGAGCAGGAGAUUCUGCAACCCCAGGCUGAGACUGCUUCUGGGGUCGUGCUAACUUCUGCUUCACCAGCAAUGGCAGUGCCUGAUGUGACCAAGGGAGCGAUUGCAGAAAGCCUUGUUGGCUCCUCUGAAGUUCCCAUGGUGACAUCUAUGCCAGAUGACGCACCGGAAACCCCUGCUGUGGUGAGCAGUUGUAGUAACAAGGAGGAAUGCGUGGAAGCACUCGACAGCCAGCAGAAUGGUGAAGUUGUAUCUGAAGUCACAAUGGAAUCGAAAGUGCUGAAGGUUGCUGAAGAACCAUCUGCAACUGCAGAAGAAACAUCCAUCCAAGGAUCAGAGGCAACUGCCAAGGUUUCAACAUGUGGCGUGGAAGAAUCAGCUAUCAAAGCAGCAGCUGCUGCUGAAGAGCCAGCUGCCAAGGAAUCUCUGGCACCUUCUGAAGAAUCCACUGUCCAAGAAUCUGUUGUACCUGCUGAAGAAUCGACUGUCCAAGAAUCCGUGGCACCUUCUGAAGAAUCAGCUGUCCAAGAAUCUGUGGCAACUGCUGAAGAAUCAGCUGUCCAAGAAUCUGUGGCAACUGCUGAAGAAUCGACUGUCCAAGAAUCUGUGGUACCUUCUGAAGAAUCGGCUGUCCAAGAGUCUGUGGCACCCUCUGAACAACCGGCUGUCCAAGAAUCUGUGGCACCGUCUGAAGAAUCCACUGUCCAAGAUUCUGUGGCACCAAGUGAAGAAUCAGCUGUCCAAGAAUCUUUGGUACCUGCUGAAGAAUCGGCUGUCCAAGAAUCUGUGGCACCUUCUGAAGAAUCCACUGUCCAAGAUUCUGUGGCACCUGCUGAAGAAUCAGCUAUCCAGGAGUCAGCAGUUGUUGAAGAUCUGGGAGCUGUUGAAGAGCCAGUUCAAGAACCAGUGGCUGCUACUGAAGAACCCUCAGUACAACAAGCAGAGACUGCUGUUGAAGAGCUACGCGGCGCUGCUGAAGAGCCAGCUGUUCCAGAACCAUUUGAUGCUACUGAACAGCCAGAAAUUGAUGUCCAAGACCUGGAAAGUGCUGCAGAAGAAACAGUCUGUCAAGAAUUUGUUGAAAAACCUGCUGCUGAGGAGCUGGUGGAUAUUGCCAAAGAAUCAGGUGCAGUGGAACCAAUGGUUGUUGAAGAACCUGCGACUGAACAGCCUGCUGCCGCCGUACCACUCGCAGACAAUGCCAUGGACAGCGCAGAUACAGCAGCUCCACAGGUGAAUGCGGCCGAGGAUGUCAGUGCUACAGCAACACUGGAACCUGGAGCACCUGGAUCCGAACGUAUUGAUAUGAUCUGUGGGGACUUCAAAGCAUUAAGCCUGGAAUCAGAAUCUGGACCGAAUAAAGGUGAACCAAGCUGCGAAGAGGCUAAAGCAAAGCUUACAACCAUAGAAUUGAUGCCCGCUGAUGAAAUAGAUGGUGUGGCCACAGUGAACGGGUUGCCCAUUGAGAGUGAAGAACCUGUAGCUGCCUUUUCUGAGAAGGUUCAGGCCAAGGUGGAUUCUUAUCGUGCUGGCCCUUCUCUUAAAGCCAGGCAUCAUUCAGCUCCAGCUCCACCUGCUGCAGCCUCCAUGGAGAAGUCCUCAGCUAUGCCUCCCCCUGCUUCCGAGAAGGUUUCCUCCACCCCUCCACGCGCCAUAGCUGCUUGCUCCACUGCUACGCCAAAAAAUAAAGAAGCUAUAGCAGAGCCGACCCUGUCAUCCUCUCUAUUGUCCUCUACCUCCAAGCCCAUGCCUGUUGCCUGCAAGCGCUUAUCCUCACCUGCUUCGGCUUCCUCGCCCUCCUCUGCCAAGUCAACCCCCUCAUUCUCUCCCAUGUCCUCCCACUCUUUCUCGUCCAAGUCUUCCACCUCCCCCCUGCCCCAAAGCACUCCUCCCUGCUCUCCCCAAGCCUCUGCCCAGCCUGGCCUGUCAGAUUCUGGCCAGGGGUACCAGCCUAAGGUUGUCAAGGCAGGUAUGCCAGGGCAUUUUAAGAAGGGUGAUGGCUUCGAGACAUGCCCUGACAUGACACCAAAACUCGGUCUCAUAGAGAGCGAUCCAUUUAAGGCUGUCCCCCUCAAUGACACACCGGUAAAAACAAGUGCCCCGAUCCUGCCCCAGACAACUGUAGUUUCCUCUGUUCCGACUGAUCCUGGUAGUCCUUUUCCAGUCCCACCUUCUGAUGUUACCCUCUCUCCUCCUGUGCAAACAAAGGAGGUGAAGGUAGUCAAAGCCCCAGCUGAUACCCCUGCCCUUGCUGAAGCCUCCACUUUAUUCCAUGACACUGCAGUUGAAGGUGAAUUGUCUGCUCAUGCUGGAGCAGGACUAUUUGAGGUGGAUGCAUCUUCAUCCUCCCCUCUUGCUUCUGCCUCAGUUGAAGCCAAUCCAGAUGAAGCUGAUGCCCUUCCCACAACUGAAACUGUGUCAGCUGAAGCUCGGUCCCCUGCUCAGACGCCCCCAUUGAGUCCGGAGACCCCUACAUUAGAAAAAGCUGCUGCUGUUGCCCUGCCUGAAGUCCAAGCUGAACCUGUUCAAGACAAGUCCAGUGCUUCUGCUUUAGCUAAACCAGAGAGCCCUGCUAUUGCCAGUGCAACUAAAUCCGGUGUGCUGCUCUCUCCCAAGAAAACUGGUGCUCCAAUUGCCUUCAAAGUGACCUCCCAGCCCGCUGCCCCUGCUCCCAUGUCUUUUUCUGCAGCCUUGCCCUUCAGCCCACCCAAAGCACCCGAAACCUCUCAGCUUGCAUGUGCUGCUUCUGAACCCGCUAAAGACGAGCCGACUGCAGCGGCCAAAGAUGCAAGUUCACAGCUUCCAUGUGAAGCCACUGUUGAUGGUGAUGUGAAAGAGGCCAUUGCAGCCUCUGCUGACCAGCCUAUAGAAAAGCCUGUAGCUACCUCGCCAUCCCUUCCUGAUUCUGUCCUCUCCCCUGCUGACCAGACCUCUGCCAUUGCUAACCUGUCCCCACCUUCAACUGAUACACAAAAAUCUCCCUCUGCCGCUCCACCUCCCGUCCCCCUUUGCAUCCCUACACCCGACCCAGCUGCUCCGGUCGUCUCUGUGCCUCCAAAGCCCGCCCCCCUCUCGGCCCCGGAGGAUGAGGAUGACCUGCCCCCCCUCAUCCCACCUGAAAGGCCCAAUGACAUGCCCAUUUUCCACACGCCAGUGGAAACGCCCCCAAAACCCGCUCCCGCUCCCUCUGCUGUCGUUUCCCCAUCGGCAGCUGCCUCCACCCCUAAACCCCCUCCAGCUAAAGCCCCCAUCCAGGUGGAGCCCGUGAUCAAGAAUGACAAGGGGUCUGGCACAGAGUCAGACAGCGAUGAGUCAGUACCAGAGCUCGAGGAGCAGGACUCAACACAGACACAGCAGGCACAGCUUGCGGCAGCUGCAGAAAUCGACGAGGAACCAGUCAGCAAGGCAAAACAGAGCAGAAGUGAAAAGAAAGCACGAAAGGCCAUGUCCAAGCUGGGUCUUCGGCAGGUGACCGGCGUUACAAGGGUAACAAUCCGGAAAUCCAAGAACAUCCUGUUCGUCAUCACCAAACCAGACGUGUACAAGAGCCCUGCGUCAGACACAUACAUCGUCUUUGGAGAGGCGAAGAUUGAAGACCUUUCACAGCAGGCCCAGCUGGCCGCUGCAGAAAAGUUCAAGGUCCAAGGAGAGGCGGUCUCGAAUAUCCAGGAGAACACGCAGACGCCAACGGUACAGGAGGAGAGCGAAGAAGAAGAGGUUGACGAGACGGGAGUGGAGGUGAAGGACAUCGAGCUGGUGAUGUCACAAGCCAACGUAUCGCGGGCGAAGGCCGUGCGCGCUCUCAAGAACAAUAACAACGACAUCGUCAACGCCAUCAUGGAACUGACGAUGUAGCAGAUGGCGGCCAUGCCUGUUAAGGACGUUGCUGAUGAAUUUACACUAUUGUUUGUACAAUUUAUACCCAAAAGAUUAAUAAAGUUGUGGAUUGAAAAGAU